AGAAACCAGGGGCUGUCAGAGAGAGACGAUAUAGUGCCGAGACUCUCUGGCAAAACAACAGUUAUGUGGCUCUAGAAAUUUAACCAGACCGGAUGAAAAUUUUACUCCACACGGAGCCACCGAAUCACUUCUAAUCGGUGUUUCGGGUCGUAGUUUUGAAAAAUGUUUUUUUACAUCAUCGUUAACUGACGGGUUAGCUUCCGGGUUAGCGUUCAUUGUGGACCGUGUUGCUAAUUGGCAUUUUCUGUCCCGCACUUUUGAAUAAAUAUAUCGGCAAAUAAUACCGCCUGCAGAACUCGUCUAGAUUGGAUACAGAGUUAAAGAUGGAACCCGUUUUUGGCAACAUUAGUCCGGCUAACGCCGCUUUUAAAAGAAGGCCCGAUGGGAUCCCCGGGCUGUCCUCGCGCACUCUGCCGGAGCUGAGUACAAAGACCUCGCUAUGCAUGAGUGUGUGCUCCCCUGGACCUGCGACUGUACUUUCUCCAGUCACUAAUUUAGCGGUGGACUUGACCAAUUUAGAUGUGCUCGGAAGCCAAUGUGAUACCCCCAAAAGGAGAAAGCAUCCACCCCUGGAGAAGGUACCGUCCUUUGCCUCUGACGUCUCAUCUGAUGCUGGCCUCGGCAUGGAUCCCCCCAGCCCCAUUGAUGACGAAGUGCAGGACACAUUUGAAAAGGCCAUACUGCAGUCGAGCAGAGUUUUUAACGAGAAGAUGCCAAUUCGAAGAAACCACUCAUUGCCACUCCAGCUCCUGUGUUUCAGCCCGUCCCUGAAGGGACAGGAGACUGAUUCCAACCGCUACGGCACAUUCGGCCAGCAGCCCUCCUCCCACAUGAACGCGCCCUCCACCUCUCAUCACAUCGACAAGGAGAACAUGCCAGAGGUCUGUGUGGCCAUGUUUCUGGAGGGCUUUGAGUUCAAAAAACCAUCCAAGCCCGUGUCGCGCUGCCGCGUGCGCUCCUUCAACAGCGAGCAUUCACCCUUCGCCCUCCGGCCCUGCUCGGCCCCGGCCCUCAUGCUCUCUUCGCCCCCUACAGUCCAGCAGCUGGACCACUUUGACUCCAGCCCCAUGUUUCUGAGACGGUCUUCCCUCACCUCCUCCCUGGACGACGAUGACGACGACGGCUUUUUGGAAGUAAUGGACGACAAUAUAGAGAAUGACUCCGGGAUGCCGAUGGGAAUGGAGAGCUUGCUCACGGCCCCACUGAUGGCGGACAACACAGGCGAAGACUCUCCCGUCAUUCGGUGCCGGCCACGAAACCUGUUCCGCUCGCCCUCCAUGCCCAGUCCGGUGUCCCGGCUCUCCGCGAAGCGUCCCGACCACCCCGGGGACGAAAACACUCCCGUGCGGGUGAAGAGGCGCCGCAGCCUGGCCGGCACACAGGUCACCGUCCAGGAGCAGAACCCAGAAUCCCCCAGACUGCACAGUGCGCUGAUCCAGAGGUCCAAGUCCUUCUGUCAGACGGAGAUCGAAAGCCUGCUCGACAGGCAGGAUGGUUCCAAUGAGCUAAUUGGAGAUUUCACAAAGAUGGUGGCUGCUCUGACCGGCCAGUUCAAUAGCUUGGUUGAGCAAGUCAUCGUCAUCGACUGCCGCUACCCCUACGAGUUCGAAGGCGGCCACAUAAAAGGAGCUCUGAACCUGCACCAGGAAGACCAAGUGGAGGACUUCCUCCUCAAGUCCCCCAUCGUGCCCGCCUGCCCCGAGAAGCGCGUGGUCAUCGUCUUCCACUGCGAGUACUCGUCGGAGCGCGGCCCCCGCAUGUGCCGCUUCGUCAGGGAGCGGGACCGCGCCAUGAACGACUACCCAAAACUCCACUACCCCGAGCUCUACAUCCUCAAAGGCGGAUACAAAGACUUUUUCCCUGACUUUCAGGCCCAGUGUGAACCUCAGUCCUACCGGCCCAUGCACCACGAAGACUUCAAGGAGGACCUGAGGAAGUUUAAGCUCAAAAGUCGCACCUGGGCCGGCGAGCGCAGCAAGCGGGACAUGUACAGCCGUCUGAAGAAGCUGUGAGCAACCCCCCCCCUCCCCUUCAAGAACAGACACUGUACCACUUCCUCACUGAGCCCCAGCUCCCCCCCUCCCCCACUGAGGACACUCGGUUAGGGAUUACACCAGCAGAAAAGGGCAUAAAUGUACACACAUACUUGUGUAUGUGUGUAUAUAAACGUAUAUAUACAUAUUUUUUUUUCCCCCUCAAAGUCCAAAAAGUUUCAUGUCCCUAUAGCAAAUUUGGUUAUUUAUGCAAUUUUUUAAAGAGGAAUGCUGAAAAACUUUGGCAGAGAGAAUGAUCAAGGUUUUUUUUUUUUUUUUUUUUCUAAAUGUAAACACCACUUGGACCCAUUUCCUGUUUUUACAGACUUUGUUUCUUCUUUUGUUGCUUUAGUUAUUUUUAAAUGCUGGUACUGGCUGCACAAAUCAGUACCAGGUUGCAAUAAUACAGCCAAACUACACAGCAAAUUCUAUGCUUAUGCUUAUGUUUAUUUUUUUUAUAUAUAUAUAUAUGUCUGUGAUUCCUGAUGUCUAAACUUUACCUGAGCACUUACUUUAAAGUUUUUUGAAAUGGUGCUUUUUUUUUUUCUUUUAUACUUUUUUUAUGAUUUCUUUUUUUUAAAUGAGUUAACCCUUGCAUAGAAAUUGAUGUCCUCCCUUUUAAGCGUCCUCUUAAAAUGCUAAUUGGAUAUUUCAAAGUAGUUUUUCUUUAGUUUUUUCCCCCCUCUUUUAUUACCCGAUCAGUUGCAAUACUCUUAUGAUUUGUUUUCUCUGUCGGAAACCAAAGCAGAACCGGACUACCUGUUUACUGUGCAGUGAGAUUUUUUUUUUUUUUUUUUUUCUGAUGCUGCAGGUCAGCGAAUGCCAGAAGAUUUUUUUGAUUUUGAAUUUUUUGGAAGGAAAAAAACAUCUUCGGAUUUGCGGUAUUUUCAGAGUGAAAAUGUCUUGCCCUCUGCAGAAUUAGAUCAGUUUCUGAUGAGUCGGUGGCUUUAUAAUUUUGUGGUGCAGGCUCGUGGGGGAGCUGCCGAAAUAAAGAUCUAACUUGCGUUUGAGCGAACUCUUUCUGGCUGCUUCUUCUUCCAUUUUGUAUUCCGAACGGGGACGUUGAAGUGUUACUAUUGAAAGGGUCACUUCUUCAGGAAGCCCUGUCAAAGAAAUUCUUGAUGGAAACCGGUACAACAGGGGGAGAAAAAGCCAGUGUAGGUUUGACUUGAGCUGCUUCUGGACUCCAUUCAUAGAUUCCAGGAGUAAUCCUCACAUUCUUGGUCUAGAGCAGAUUUUCUCAUUCAG